CUGCGAAUGUCAAACAAAUUUGUUAGGUUAUGUGCUAAUUAAUAAUUAUUAUUUAUUAUUUUGUUGUUUGGCUUACUGGGAAUUGUUUAUGCCGACAACAUGGACGAGCUUGAAAGUAAAAUGGCAAAAGUUAAUUUUGAAGAAUUAUUAUCUACUGGGACUAUCCUUGAAACUGAUUCAUCAGAUGUGAAAGCUGAUGACUCAGGUAAUGAAGAAGUGACCAAUGAAGAAUAUGAUGAGGAAGUACUAAAACACCUGAACACAAAUUGCAUUGGGGAAUUUGAAGACGAGGGUAUCUAUGACAGUAGUGAACCAUUUUCAUAUUUGCAAAAACAAAUGGAAGAUUUAUUUGGAAAUGAAAGUAUUAUGAAGAAAGUGUUGCGACAAGGUUAUGGCAAUAAACCGGAAAAAUUUUCAGUAGUAAAAGUACAUUAUAAUGGUUAUACAGAACUGGAGGCUAAACCAUUUGACUGUACAUAUGCUCGCAAAAAACCGCAUGUUUUUACCAUGGGUAACGGAGAAGUUUUACCUGGUCUUGAAUUAGCUGUGCAGUCAAUGUUGCUUAAUGAAAAAUCACAAUUCCUUAUAAAACCUGAAUUAGCUUAUGGAAAAUUUGGGUGUUUAGGUCGAAUCCCACCCAAUGCCACAGUUUUAUUUCAAAUUGAACUGCUUGAAAUUAUAGAGAGUGUGUCCGCUGAAAACUUUGACAAUUUACCUGAGAAGAAACAACAAGAGUUUUCAGAGAUUUAUAAUUUUUGUGUUGCUCAGUCUGAAAAGGGUAAGAACUUAUUUGUUCGAGACAAUGUGUCUGCGGCAAUCAAACAAUAUAACAUCGCCGUUUCGAAGUUGGAAUAUGCUCAACUGGCCAACUACGAGGAGCAAACGAAACAACAAGAGUUGCUGCACAAACUGUAUCAAAAUUUGCUUGUGUGUCAUACGAAACUGCAAGAACCAAAAAAGGGCUGCAUUAAUUUUAAUAAACUCUUUCAUCUGACCAAGGGCACCGAAUUAAAAAUAAACGCCAAAAUUUAUUAUAACCAUGCAAAAUGUUUGAGACUACUGGGGGAGUUUAAAAGAGCCAAGGAGAGUUUACAGAAAGCUAGGAAUAUUGAACCGAGAAAUCCAUACGUUCUGAACGAGUUUAAGAUUAUUGAUGAGGAGCAGAGGAAAUAUCAGGAGAAGGAAAAGAAAAUGGCCGCUGCAAUGGUUAAAUCUAAAGAUUAAAGUAAUAAGCGACUCUUAUACAGUGAGAGGCAAAAGUCCGGAAUAAAUUCAUUUAAAAUUCAGGGGUAUGUUCAAAAAAAAAACGCUCGGACACGUCGAUUUUUAUUUUUAACUGCGGGUUUUCUUACUAUAAUUUUAUGUAUACAGGGUGGUCCAAAAAUAAGCUACGACCAUCAACUUCAAUUUUUGAAAUGGAAAUACCUAUUUUUUAUUCUGUAUUCUUAAAGAACAGAAAAUUCUAGACAUAUUUCAUGUACAAUGUCCUAUACCUAUCUUCAUUUGUUUUUGAGUUACUGACAGUUGAAGAUCGGCAUAUUUGCACUUUUGACAUGUUAUAAAAUCCAAACGGUUAGACAUAGACAAAUGCGGUUUGCAUUUUUUAUCGAAGCUUUUUUAAAACCAUCUGUUGACACUAGCUAGUUAGUGUCAACAGGUACUGAGAAAUUUACGGUUGAAUUUCUAAAAAAACAUUCAAAAUAUUAAUGUAUUUAAUCGAAACUAUUGUAUAAACGUUGAACAAAAAGAAACUAUUCUAAUCUAGACCGAAUUAAAUGUUCAAAUUGAGCCCCAUUAACUUCUUGACAGUAAGCGAGUCUUGAUUCGAAUUCUCUCAGAACGUUGCGUAUCAUUUCUUGAGGUAUUCGUUGAAUCUCAUUUCUUAUAUUAUUUCUCAAUUCUUCUAAAUUGUUGGGUUUAUUUACAUACACUCUAUGCUUUAAAUAACCUCACAAAAAGAAGUCCAAAGGAGUCAAGUCGGGGGACCUCGCAGGCCACUCCAAUUGACCCCUUCGCCCAAUCCAUCGACCCGGAAAUACCUCACUUGAAUAUUGGCGCACGGCUCUGCUGAAGUGUGGCGGCGCGCCAUCUUGCUGGAACCAAAUUGAAGCUUCUGGAAUAUUGGGAUUAUUUGCAUUUGGAAACAUCAAACAUAAAGCGGGAAUCAGUUUGUUCCUUAAGAAUUCCAAAUAACGUUGACCUGUUAAGGUACCUUCGAAGAAAAAUGGACCUAUGACUCAUUGAUAAUGCCGGCCCAAACAUUCACAGAUUGAGGAUAUUGGGUAUGAGCUUCAAUAACCCAAUUUGGAUUGGAGGAAGACCAGUAACGGCAGUUCUGUCUGUUCACUGUACCAUUGAGGCAGAAGGUCGACUCGUCAGAAAAAAUUAUUCUACGAGUAAAAAGACGGUCGUUAUGGCAGACAUUCAUUAUAGUUUCGCAAAACUCUAAUCGACGAUCUGUAUCAUCUUCGUUAAGUUCGUGGAUUAAUUUUAAUUUAUAGGGAUGAUAUUUUGCCUUUUUCAAAAUCCUUCUUAAAGAUGUUUUUCCAACAUCGUUAUCUAGUGCUGCCUGUCUAGUCGGUGUAUGAGGAUUUUCUUCAAUGGACAAAACAACAUUUAACUUCUUUUCCUCGGAAAUUGAGGGACGACCCGAUCUGGGUCGAUCUCUGACGUGACCUAAUUCCCUAAAUUUUCUUUCUAGUUUGCUAACGGUAGACUGAGAUAUUGUCUUAUCAGGAUACUAGGUAUUAAACAUUUCACAAACCUGGUGUUGGGUCCUAAUGCGAUCACCACAUCCUAUCAUAAUUAGUAUUUCUAUUCUCUCAGUUUCACUUAACUUAUUCAUCUUUUCAGGCAAUAUUAAAUUUUACAAUAAACAAGGAUAAGACUGCUUGAUACCUGUCACUUCAAAAAAUGAUGACAACAUCAUUGCAACAAUCGAUGAAAAAACACAAAAAACAAGGUUACCUUAGUAAGGGUGUUACAUAGUUGCAUGAAUUAUUGUAUGUUCAGAAAUUCAACCGUAAAUUUCUCAGUACCUGUUGACACUAAUUAGCUAGUGUCUAGAAUAUGUCUAGAAUUUUCUGUUCUUUAAGAAUACAGAAUAAAAAAUAGGUAUUUCCAUUUCAAAAAUUGAAGUUGAUGGUCGUAACUUAUUUUUGGACCCCCCUGUAUACAUAAAAUUAUAGUAAGAAAACCCGCAGUUAAAAAUAAAAAUCGACGUGUCCCAGCGUUUUUUUUUGAACAUACCCCUGAAUUUUAAAUGAAUUUAUUCCGGACUUUUGCCUCUCACUAUAUAUAUGUAUGUAUGUAUACAGGGUGUUUAGGGAGGAAAGGGAAAUAUUUUGGGUACAUGUUCAGAAGGUGAAAAUAAGCUAAAUUAACCCAUGUUUUAAUCUGAUUCUCAACCAUUUCUGAAGUUUUUUUAUAAGAUUUUUUAUUUAAAAAACAAGACAAAUACUAGUAAAAAAACAAAAUUUCACUAAUUUAAAAUGUUUUCGAAAAUGCCCCCAUUAACUUAAGGCACGCUGCAGCACAUUUGUUAAGCACUCGUGUUGCACGUUUAAUUGCUUAGGGAUUGUUUUUAAUAAUACUUGAAGCAUUCAAAAUUUGAUUGUGGAAUCCUUCUAUGGUUUCUACUGGUGUUUCGUACACUAGAGCUUUCAUCCACCCCCAGGAGCAAUAAUCCAGUGGAUUUAAGUCUGGUGACCUCGGUGGCCAAACUUGAAGUUCUCCUCUGCCAAUCCAACGAUCAGGAAAACGAUUGUCUAAGAAAUUACGCACUCGGCGACUUAACUCGUUAACUGCCAUGUGUACCAUAUAUGGACACAGUCAAUUUUUAUUUAGCGCCAUGGGUACCACCAAUGGACACAGAACUUCUUACCUUCCAAGCCAUGUGUACAUGGGACGACCACAUUAAGCGUUGAUUGAAAUGUAUGUAUGGAUUGGUCUGGCGUAGGAAAUAGUUUGUUUGAGAAUGCCUCGUAAAUAUUUUUGUUUUUCGAAAUAAUAUGACACAAAAUAUUGACGUUUUUAAAUGAUACGUUUAUUUUUUCAAUGGGCAGUAAUUUAACAUGUAAAAUUGUUAUUUAUAAUUAUAAAAUAAACAAACUAAUUUUAAAAACAAAAUACUUCAAAAUGAAAAGAUUAUUUUAUAUUUUUUAAAACACGUUUUUGGAAAAAGCAGUCCAUACAAAUAAAAAUAUUAUCGUCACAACCUAGACAUAUGUUGUGACGAUAAAAGUAGGAAACUCUUUUGGUAUUUUUUACAGCAUAAUUACGCCCCUGUUUCUUGUGAGUUUUUUUCGUAGCAAUUUCUGCACCUGCCUCUUUUUAGCUUUUUCUCGUUAUCUGUCUUUUCGGAAACUUUGUGCUCUUUUGAGGGAUUCUUGAACGUCCAUCUCGGCAGAGCCGCGCUUUCAAAGCGUAAACGGAUCCGAAUCUCCCACGUGGUGCCACGUUGCCAACUAUUAUUUCGCGGCUUGAGUAAAGUCAGCUGUGCUUCAGCCAUAUCCGGAACAUUUUCCACAUUUAGUCCCGCCUCGGGUUCAGAAUUAAUUCUUACGCUUGGAAACAUUCCUGUUUCCUGAGCAUUUGCAAAAACUGUUUGAAAACUUUUCGAUUAGGAAUUUUUCGAUUAGGAAAACGUCGUAUGGGUGAAUGUGUGAGGCAUUACGUAAUGGAAACUUGGGGUAUAAUAAACUAAUGGUUUGGUUUAGGUUGGGUUGGGUUGGGUUCGGUUGGAUUGCGUUGGGUUGGAUCUUAAAUUGCUCAAGCACCGCUCAUCAAAUUUUGCGUAUUUUUACAAUUUUUUUUAAAUGGCCUAAUUUUACCCAAAAAAAAUUAAAAGUAGCGGAAUGAUCUUAUAUAAUUCGCCACGAAUAUGUGAAUUUUGAUAGAACUUGAAAAAAGAAAUUUUAAAAAUGAUAUACCUACUUAUAAAAAUGAAUUUUCAAUUCAAACAAAUUUGUGUUUAUUACAUGUAAUUUACAUUUUUGUGAUAUGUAAUGAAACUAGUGUAUAAUGUUAUGAUUAUACAUUAGUUUCAUUCAUCAUUUUUUAUAUGUUAUGAUAAUGAAUGACUAAAAAAAUACAGAGUGAAUUCUCCACUUUAGAGAAAGCCAGACUGGAGACAAGGCUUCAGCUGCAGAGUGACAAAACGCAACAAAGUCGACAACAAAACUGGUAACACCACAUCUAACCUCACCUCAGUUGUCACCUAUUUGCUGACAAAACUAAUGGUAUACAAGGUUAUUCUAAUGAUUAAUCGCGUCCUAUAGUGAGUGAUUUAGUGCGUGAUAAUACCCUCUUCGUGAUAAAAUUUGGCUUUCCGCCACUCUUAGUAAAAAAUGUAUAUCGAAAUCUACCCACUUUGCAAAAAACCCGACCGUUUUUCGUUAAUUUUGACAAAAGCCGCUAAACUGCAGAAUUACCAUUCUCAUUUGUAAAUAAAGCAAAAUCAAAAUUGAACGUCCAUCUCGGCAGAGCCGCGCUUUCAAAGCGUAAACGGAUCCACCAAAACGGAUCCGAAUCUCCCACGUGGUGCCACGUUGCCAACUAUUAUUUCGCGGCUUGAGUAAAGUCAGCUGUGCUUCAGCCCUAUCCGGAACAUUUUCCACAUUUAGUCCCGCCUCGGGUUCAGAAUUAAUUCUUACGCUUGGAAACAUUCCGGUUUCCUGAGCAUUUGCAAAAACUGUUUGAAAACUUUUCGAUUAGGAAUUCUUCGAUUAGGAAAACGUCGUAUGGGUGAAUGUGUGAGGCAUUACGUAAUGGAAACUUUGCUCUUUUCAAAUUGAAAUGCUCAGAAUCAAUCAAACUGACAACCAUGCUUGUCAAAACUACCAGUCAAUUAAAAUAGGUAUAAACAAACAUUGAUGAAAUACCUGCAACGUGAGUUAGAAAUAGACCGUAAUUCCAAAAAUUUACAAAAAAAAACUUUAGAGCCGAUUAUUUCAGAAACGGUUAAGAAUCAGAUUAAAACAUAUGGGUUAAUUUAUAUUUUGACCUUUUGAAUAUGUUUCCAAAAUAUUUCCCUUUCGUCUCGAAACACCCUAUAUAUACGAUUUGCUGGGAUAAGAUUUUUUAAUUUUUUCCAAAAUAUUUAAGUUUAUAUUAAUUAGAUAUUAAUAUCGAAUAAGUAUCUAUUAAGUUUUUUAUACAAUAUAUAUUAUAAAUAUCAGUUGAAAUGA